AUGGCAGAUAAAGAUCAGAAUAAAGGAAAGGCUUCUGAGAGUUAUCCCACAAAACGACGUAGUAUACGUCUACCACAGACAAGAUCUCGAAUUCUGCAAUUUGCUUCAUCACAUACAGUGUCACAUCCUUCUGAUCCAUCUGCCAAGACAUCUGAUGUGUCACCUCCGGCUUCAAUACAAGGGGUACACACACCAUGUACUUUACACCCAAUAAAUUCAGAUGCAGGAUGCACCCGCAUCUUAAGAUCAUCUGUUGCAUUAGAGAAACAAAUAUCUUGUCCUUCACAUCCACCUACUGGGACAUCUGGUGUGUCACCUGCACCUUCAAUACAAGGGCUACACUCACCAUGUACUUCACAACCAACAAAUUCAGAUGAAGGUCGCACCCUUAGAUCAUUUGUUGCAUUAGAGACACACAACAAUGAUGGAAAGCCAAUUCUAAACCUUGAUGGACAAGGAUUCUUACCUUCACGACUUGCUGCUAAUGGGAUUGUUGAGAUCCUUAAGAGACAUUUCACUGAUCCCUGGACAACAUGGAAGAAGAUACCAAUUAGCACAAGAGACAUGUGGUUUAAAGAGUUUUUGGGAAAGUUUUCUAUUAAUCCACCGGAUUAUAAUUGGGCAAAAAGGAAUUUUGAAAUGCGAGGUUCAGUAUUGAUGACAAGUAAUCUAAGUAAGGUUCGGUCCACAACGGAUAAGCCAAGUUGGAUUAAAGAUGUUGUAUGGGAGAGAUUAUGUGAGUAUUGGAGUUCUGAAGGAUUCAAAAAUAAGAGCACCCAAGCAAAAACAAAUCGGGCAUCUUAUAAUGGAGCAUCUCACACUGGCGGCUCUAUUUCCGCAUCUCAGCACAGAGCUAAUAUGAUGAAAGAGACCGGAGUGCCUCCUACUCCAUUGGAGUUGUUUCGUCGAACGCACCAACAUAAGGAUAACACAUGGGUGGAUAGGAGAUCACAACGUCUAAAUGAGACAGUGACACGUACAUUGGAACAAUUGACCAAAAGAGCAUUUGCGGAAGGAAAUCCUCCACCAAGUGAGUUAGAUGUGUGGUGUAAUGUAGCUCGUACAAAGAAAGGUAAAGUAUUUGGGCUUGGAAUGGAAUCUAGAGUAGUUGCUGGAGGGCCAUGCUGUCAUGCCUCAUCUUCUUCAUCAUCAAUGGAGUGGGUGAAAAAGGGCGAGUUCGAUGAAUUGAGAAAAGAGAUGGAAGGAAUUAGAAAUGAAAGAGAUGAGCUUCAGACCAAGGUUGCAAAUACUGAGAGGCUUAUUCAGCAGAACAAUGCAUUGAUACGACAAUUAAUGGAAAGCAUGAACCAUCAGGCCAUGCCAUCUGUCUGCCAUAGAGGAAAGUCAAGAAGAAGAGGAUGA